CCCGCGCCAUCGGCGACAGCGAGCGCCCUGGCCCGCCUGAGCUCCGCCAUCAUGCCGCGCUCCUUUCUCGUCAGGAGGCCUCCGGGCUGCCGCCCAAAGCCCGACUACAGCCAGCUGCCAGACUCUCAUUCUGCAGCGGUCGCCUCCCUGGGGCCCUGCGACCCGGCCCACCUGCGGGCGGCCUUGCCAGCCCCCGCGCUCCUCAACCCCUCGGCCUCCCUGCCCACACUCAUCUGGGACUCCCUCAUGGCCUCCCAGGCCACGCUGCUGGGCCCUGCCUCCCCUCAGCCCCCGGAGCGCCCCGCGGCUGGGCUGACCACCCUGUCGGAGGAGCGCAGCCUGCCGUCACGGGCUCCUUCCUCUUCCCCCUCCACCGCAGCCUCUCUGGAAACUGAGGCCUGUGCCGCCACCCCGGCCUCGGGCCUUCUGCCCGUGCAGCCAGGCCGGCAGUGGGCGGCCAAGGACCCCCAGCCCCGCAAGGCCUUGGGCUGCAAGGACUACAACAGGGAGUACGGCAGCCUGGGCGCCCUCCAGGGGCACUCCCGGAGCCACGCCCUGCCGACCGUCUGUGGCACCUGUGGCAAGGCCUUCUCCAGGCCCUGGCUGCUGCAGGGCCACGUCCGCACGCACACCGGCGAGAAGCCCUUCUCCUGCUCGCACUGCAGCCGCGCCUUCGCCGACCGCUCCAAUCUGCGGGCGCACCUGCAGACCCACCUGGCCGUCAAGAAGUACCCAUGCGAGAGGUGCUCCCGCACUUUCUCCCGCAUGUCCCUGCUCCACAAACACCAGCACUCGUCCAGUUGUUCCGGGGACGGACGCUGACCCUGAAGUCCCUCCCAACUCCGGAAGGAAGGACCCCCGCAUUCUCCCUACUGCCACGGACUCGCGCUCCCCCCACAGACCCACUUCCUGCUGCCGCAGCCCCACAGGACUUCCACAAAGACCAUUUUCUGGCCCUCGCUUCGUGGACGCUGGAAGAGGCCUUCCCGUGGCCAUUUCUGUGACUGGCUGAUGAGAGCAGCGUGCAAUGGAGACGCCUUCCGGCCACCGCUGCUCUAGAGCACUUCUGACUUGGUCUUUGUGGGGUUGUAUGUCCCGAGCUGCUUGGAUAGGGGCGCUUUGAGCUGCAGGACAAAAGCUGACAGAUUGGGAAACCCCUUCCGCUGAGGGGAUGCCACUCUGCUAACCCCAUUCCACCUGCCCAAGAUACCCUCAGACCACCCUCCUCAGAGGUAGGACUGACUGCAGUAAUCUGCCCCCAUCCUCAUCCACAGAGCCCAAGGACAUAACUGCCCCAAGAUGCCCCUGGGCCUGCGCAGCUGUUUCAGCUGCUUGUUUGUCAUGGCAGCACCUGUUUCGUGGGCAAUUUAACAGUGUCUCAAAAAGGACCGUGAAUAAUGGCCCUCACUUCUCCCUGGGCAAGUGGGGCACUUUGGCCUGACUCAUGUGUCUGCCUGAACUAUUUUAGGGGCCUGACAGGUGGGCCUGGAUGGAAAAUGUUUACAUUUCUAUGGGUACACUGGUAUUUAAUUACAAGUAAUAUUUGCACUAAGGAAAUAUUUUGUAUAGUUACACAUACAGUUUAUUGAUAUGUCAUAAAUCAGUUAAGAGGUCUCAACAAAUUCCAUACAAACCAAGUUUUUGGUAUAUUCUUUGACAAUAAUAUUUUAAAAUAAAUUACAGAGAGAUAGUAAAUCAACUUGAGCUUUCUACCAAAAGGUUUGGGGGACAAGGGACAUUGGAGGUUUGAAGUGAGAAAAUAAUAUGGCCAUGUUAUAUGUGUUAUACAGCUCAGUCUAGAAGUAACAUGGAGGAUCAUCCUGAGCAAGAAAUCUGACUAGAAUUAGAAAGGAAUCUAGAUGAGAGUAAUUAAUUAGGGCCAAGAUAAGCGCAGGAGGAAUGGAGAGAGAGGGAUUUUGAGAAGCAUUAAAGAUCUAGAAAUUGAUGGUUUACUGAUUAGAUAUGGAUGAAUUAGUGGCAGGGAUCUAAAAUUCAGAGUUCUGAUUUGGGUGAAUGAAUGUGGCAGUAUUUCAUGGAGGUAGCAACCAGAGGAACCAGUGACAAUGACAGCCUCACCUGAGCUCAGGAUUCUCAUAUAGCAUAGAAGUGGUAGCUAAAGCUACUGGAACAAAUGAAGUCAACAAAGAAAGCAUACAGAGUGAGAGAGACAAGGACCCUAGGAGCACUCUGAGAAACACCAACAUGUAAGAUGUCAUCACCCUUGAAAAAGAUUAAGUAGGAAUAGCCACAUAUUGAUCAGUCAGACCAAAGUUUCUUAAAAGGAAGAACAAGUGUAAGAAAGAAGGCAGAGGCAAAUACAACCUAUUCUCAAAAUAAAUCAGACAAACCAAGGAGAAAAGCUAUCCACUGGAUUUUCAGUUGUGUGGCUGAACUUGGGAGGAAGAGUUUCAGCAAAAUGUCAGGGAUGGACAUGGGGACAGUGUGGAUGAAGAGUGAGUGUGAGGUGAUUAAUGUAAAUGGCAAUUGAGGCUAUUCUUUCAUGAGAAUUGGCUGAGCAGUGAAGUAGAGAAAAAACUUGGUGGUAGCCUGAGGGUUACCUGGCUCCAAAGAACACCAAGGUUUUCACAUAGGUGGAACUGAAUAUAAUUAUCAGGAGUGAGGGAGGAAGGAUCAUUUCACUGAGAUUUAUAUACUAGUAGAGUUUUAUCUCUGCAGAUAAAUUAGUGUCUUUUAAGAUAAUAGAAAACAUUUCAUUCUGAAAUGAAACCUCUGAACAAGAGGUUUUUAAUAGUUAACUGAAUGAAACUAAUAUACGUAUAAUGUCAGUUAUAGAAGGAGAAAAUGAAGACAAGAGAAAGGCAACAGUGAAUUUUGUAAGUGUAUUGUGGAAAAAAACAUGCUUUAAAAGACAUGUAAGAGUCAUUUCAUUCCAAUGUAGUCAAGUAUUUUCCAUGUGUGUGGCUGAAAGCACCUUCUAACAUUUGUUGUGUCCUUCACUGUGGCUCCACCAAAGCCUCCUUAAAGCAUUUAUGAAUUGGGCUGCAGAGUUCAAGCCAGGUAAAGGAUAGCAUCACUCCUCUGACUCUCAAAACUCCCAUGGAGAAAUAAUUUCUCAACAUAUUAACAAAAUAAUUUAUUGACAGCCCACCUAAUGUAGAGGCAACUGAGUUUUAGAGAAAUAACACAAAAUGUCCUGAUCAACACUCUCAGAUACAGAAUUUCUCUCUAUGUAAAUGUAUGGACCUCCCUCAUUUACCUAAGUCCUUUCCAUCAAAUAUUAAAUAAAUUCAGUAAACAAUCACUAGUUAAGGGUCAGGGAAUAGUUUUUGUUCCAUUCUGUUUGUCUUUGCUUAUUUGUUUGUUAUAAGGAGAGUAGCAGAACAAAGAAUUCAUUACAUUCAAUAGUGACUGACUAAUAUUUAUUCAUGAAUAUAAUAGGAGUUUGAGAUAGAUUUUUUUAAUAGAAGAGGUAGAAAAAUAUAGUAUUAACAAUGCCAUUUAGGGUCUUGAUUUAUUUCACUGAUUUGGGUUUUUUUGCACUUUGCUGGAGAAAAAAAAUUAUAAAUAGUUGAAAGCAUUUAUCACCUGAGAUACACCAUUUGGAAAAGAAAAGAGAACAUAUUUUUAAGCCAUAAAUUUCCACCAUGUUCACCCCUCGCAUAAAUAAGCAUCCCUAGACUUUGCAAGAAAUAUUAAAGUUCAUUUAAAUUGCAAAUCUGACCUUAUUAAAAUGGCUUUCUCAAAGAGUCAUAAACAAAUAGAGUACACUGGUAAUACUGCCACACAACAGAACACAUUCUCAACCAGUUCAGUAAUUAAAGUGGAAAGAUAGAAUUUUCACAGUUCUGAAUGACAGAGAUGGACGGAGAAAACAUGUUAUGACAAUAAUUUUAGGUGGGGAGAGUGCAUCCAUCUGGAGGCUCCCCUCAAUAAAUGUCUCAGCACAAUUACUCUUUGAAAGUCAAUGUAAGUUCUUAUGAACAGCUUGGAAACAUUAUUAUAUUGCUGCUAAUUCGAUGUAUUUGACUACUUUCCUAAAGCUACCACAUUCCCUCUUAAUGUUGGAAGCAUAACCAUUAAGAUUUACUAUGUUUGGGGUAAGAAUAAAAAUGAAACAAUUAAGAAUGAGCUUAUAUCUGCAAAUGGUUAGAAAGAGCUAAUAAAUUUCAGGAUUAAAAGCCAAACAGAGAGGAUGGGCUGUUUACCGAGUUUAUGGAAAAUCCAUAUUUGAAGGUAGAUUGUCACCAAACAAAUAGCUCCCUUUUACUUAGAAAAAUAAUCCAAAGUGCAGUAGGCCAUGUAAAUUAGGUGGAAUUGAGAUGGAACUUGACUUGUUUCUCACUGAUUUAAGCAACUGGAUUUAUGGCUAAGUAAGUGCUACCAUGAGAUCCAAGGCAGAAUGGUAAGUUUUAAAACGCAACAAAGUGAAGGUGCAGGUUGGA